AAAAAUCUUAGUCUGAGACGGAAAGAGAGAGAGUAUAGCCAUGGAAGUCUCAAAUCAGACCAGAAAACGGAAAGCAAUCGACGCCGGGCAUAGCUCGCCGCCGCCGGCGUAUCGAGGCUCAGAUGCUUACGAAGCUAGCAGUGUAGAUCUUUCUCUCCUUGAAGCACUUGAGAAGUCUUCGCAUCAUGCAGUAGAAGCGCUUGAUCUUAAAACCCUAAAAAAGCUUGUCCUCUCCUUCGAGCGGCGUCUUAGGGACAACAUAGCUGCUCGUCUCAAGUAUGUGGAGAAUCCAGAAAAGUUCGCUGACUCAGAGGUUGACCUUCACGACGAUCUUCAGAAGCUAAAGGUUCUCGCUGGAGCUCCGGAGCUUUACCCGGACCUUGUUGCUUCCAAUUCGGUUCCUUCGAUUGUUAACCUCCUCUCCCAUGAUAACUCCGACAUCGCCAACGAUGUUGUUCAGCUUCUUCAGGAUCUGACUGACGAAGAUGCAUUAGAGGAUAACGAUGAGCCGGCGCGUGUGUUAGUCGACGCACUGGUUGAAAACAAUGUGCUCGAGCUCUUGGUUCAGAAUAUGAAUCGUUUGUCUGAGGCAGACCCAGAUGAAGCUACGGCUAUAUACGCAACUUUGACAGUGAUUGAGAAUUUGGUGGAAGUAAAGCCGGCUGUUGCUGAAUUGGCGUGUGAACGAACGAAACUCUUGCGGUGGCUUCUGACGAAGAUUAAGGUGAGGGAAUUCGAAGGAAUCAAGCAGUACGCGUCUGAGAUUCUUGCAAUUCUGCUGCAAAACAGCUCGGCGAAUCAGAAACGGCUAGGUCAGAUGAAUGGUGUAGACGCUGUGCUUGAAGGUGUGGCGAUGUAUAAGUCGAAGGAUCCUAAAACUCCUGAUGAGGAAGAGAUGUUGGAGAAUCUAUUUGAUUGUUUGUGUUGCCUCUUGAUGCCAUUGGAGAACAAGGAGAGGUUCGUGAAUGCGGAAGGUGUUGAGCUGAUGAUUAUUAUCAUGAAGCAGAAGAAAUAUGCUUACGGGUCUGCAAUUCGAGCUCUAGACUUUGCCAUGACCAAUUAUCCACCAGCGUGUGAGAGGUUUGUGGAUGUUAUGGGACUGAAAACAGCAUUUGCUGCUUUCAUGGGUAAGAUUCCGCUAAACAAGAGGAUCAAAAGGGAGCGGUAUAAAGAGGAGCUAGAGGAGCGGGUUAUUUCCCUGAUUGCGUCAUUAUUUGCUGGUAUUUUAAGGGGUUCUAGGAGAGAUCGUUUAUUAAGUAAGUUUGUGGAGAAUGAGUUUGAGAAGAUUGACCGGCUCAUGGAAUUAUACUUGAGAUACUCUGAUAGGGUUAGAUCAGAGGCGGAGAGGUUAGACCAGCUUGAGCUUGAUGACCUUGAGUUGGAUGAAGAUGAGAAAUAUAACCGGAAGCUAGAAUCAGGGCUCUACAGUCUUCAGCUUGUUGCUGUUAUCCUGGGCCAUAUUUGGUGUUCUGAGCAUUCUGGAAUGAGAGCGCGGAUCGAGCUGCUACUGAAACAACAGAAGCUUAGUAAAACCGAUGUCAAGCAGAUUCUUCAGGAAUAUCACGACAACAUUGGAGAUCUUGAUGGGCCAGAGGAGAAGGAACGAGGACAGGCAAGAAUUCAGUUGUUCAUAUCGGCAAUGUGAUUUAGAGAAAAAAAGAAAGAAGUUGGAGAUAUCGCAAAUGGCUUGGUAUUAGAUUCCAAUAUGGGACCAGAUAUAAUCUGUCUCAGAGGCUUGAAGUCUAGCAAAAAUCAAUUAUUGGUGACCAGAUUCAUACCCUUUGUUUUGGUUUUGUCCCCUUUCGAUCGAUUUGGGUUAUAAACUUACUUUUUUUUU